UCGAUAAAACAUAUAACCCAAAAUCAAUCUUAAUAUCCCUACAAGCCACCAAACACCGGAAUAUGUCUCGAAAGGAAGCUUUGUCGCAAUUCAUCAAUCAAAUCCAUGGAAGACCAGUUGUGGUCAAGUUAAAUAGUGGUGUUGAUUAUAGAGGUGUUCUUGCUUGUUUAGAUGGCUACAUGAACAUUGCCUUGGAUCAAACAGAAGAAUAUGUAAACGGUCAGCUAAAGAACAAAUAUGGUGAUGCUUUUAUAAGAGGCAAUAACGUCUUGUACAUAUCCACACAAAAGAGAAGAGUAUAGCACUACUCUUAGAUUUUGUAUAACUCUCUUUUUUAAUAAAUAAAUUAAAUUACAAAUAAAUAAAA